AUGGCCCGAAAGGUCCAUUGGGAAUAUAUAUAUGUUGUAAGGGAUGAGAAUGGUGAGGAGAUAGCUGAGGUCUCCACCUUAGAGGCUGCCUUGGCGAUGGUGGGUGGCAACCCUAGUGGAGGCGAUGCAGGCUGCUCAAUGGACCAAAAUAACAAGGCCCACCAGGUCCCUCAGAGUAGGGACCCGAACUCCUCUUUUUUGGAGCCACCCCAGGAGCCAGGACCCUCAGCCGAACCUAUGAUUCCGAUUCCAAGGCGCCUUUCAUCACGAAGGCGGCGGCGAACCUCUUUCAAGUUAACAAUGGGGCAGGUCGAGAAAAUGAAAAAUUUGUUCAAAAAAACCCAGUACCCAGAUGUGCUUGCCAGGAAAGAACUUGCACAAGAUUUGAAUGUGACCAAAGUCAAAGAGAAGGCCUGGUUCGUCAAUCAGAGAGCCGAAGAGAGGAACAGUGAGAGGUCUGUAAUGUUACAGAACAUACAUCCUCGUAUUGAAAAGAUCCUUCUCAUUGUGGAUAGGGAUGACUAUCCCUAG